CUGGCCGGCGUGUUCGACCCCCUUGGGUUAGCUUCGCCAUUCAUUAUCAAAGCAAAGAUCCUAACACAACAGUUGCGCCUACUAGGUCUGGAUUGGGAUGACCCCAUUCCUAAUUCCCACCUGACGAAGUGGAAAGCUUGGUUAAGAAGGCUGCCAGAGUUAGAGCUAGUAAGUGUACCACGAUGUAUACAACCUAAGAAGAAAAACGUGAUCGAGUCAGAGAUCCAUACGUUCUGUGAUGCCUUGGAGGAAGCUUUCGCGGCCGUGGUCUAUUUGAGAAGCAUUUAUUACGAUGGCGACGUACGGUGCUCCUUCCUGAUGGCCAAGACGAAAGUAGCUCCGAAGAAAGCUUUAAGUGUAGCAAGGCUUGAACUGCAAGCUGCCCUUCUAGGUGCUCGCCUAGCGAAUUAUGUUAAAGAAGCUAUGACACGACACAUUGACCGCGUGUUCUUUUGGACGGACAGUAAAUGUGUUAUUGGUUGGAUACGAUCUACUGCAGUUUGGUAUAAGCCGUUCGUCGCUCACCGAGUUGGCGAAAUCCAAACGUUGACAGACCCAAAGUCCUGGCGCCACUUACCUGGCCGACUGAUGUAAGUGACUGUGCCACCCGUUCGAGAUUUGAUGAGCGGUCGGAAUUAAUUCCCGUGCGUUGGUUCACUGGCCCUGAUUUCCUUUAUCAAGGAGAAGAUAACUGGCCAAAGGAAAUGCCUGUCGAAGAGUUACAGCAACACGAAGAAAUUAAACCAAGCAAAAUAUUCGUUGCCAAAUCCAACCCAGAGCGUGCUCCCGUCUAUGCUGACGUCGAUUUGGAGCGAUGUUCGUCCUUGUCGAAAGCACAGCGAGUAGCAGCGUUAGCUCAUCGUUUCUUCAAUGUAUGUAAAGGAAAGAAACGAAAGAGUAGUGUCGUAACCGUACAAGAAUUACGAGUUGGACUGACUGCUCUAGUGCGCCAAUGUCAACGAGAAGCAUUCCCCGACGAGCUCCAAUCCUUGGAAAGAACGAAAAGUGUCAGCAAGCGAUCAAAACUGUUGCCUUUUACCCCCUACCUGGACGAGAAUAACGUAAUCCGUGUUGGAGGAAGACUUGACCGAGCUCAAUUACCUUACGAAGUGCGACACCCGAUCCUCCUACCUCAGAAACACCGUUUGACCCAGCUGAUUGUCGGGAGCUAUCAUCGGUUCGAAAAACACGGAGGAACUGACCACGUUUUGGCCGCAAUUCGUCAAAAGUUCUGGAUAAUUCGCGGACGACAGGAAGUCAAGAGUUUCAAGAGAAAGUGCACUCAGUGUAAGAAAGAACGAGCGAAGCCCGGCAGUCAGUUACUAAGUGAACUUCCUAUCGAAAGAAUAACUACAAUGCAACCAGCAUUUUACCACACUUCUGUGGAUUACUUCGGGCCAAUCGAAGUCAAGUUGACUCGAAACACGAAAGCGAAGAGAUACGGCGCCCUGUUUACAUGCAUGACGACUCGAUGUGUUCAUUUGGAAGUUGCUGAAUCGUUAUCCAACCCUAACUUCCUACAAGCUCUUUACAAGAUGAUGGCGAGGCGUGGAGAGCCACGAUCUAUCUACAGUGACAACGGGACGAACUUCGUCGGCGCAGUCUCUGAAUUGAAGUCGAUGGUUAGAGAACUAAAUCAUAGUGAAAAACUUCAAACCCGUCUAGCUAUAAUUGGAGAAGGAAUUACCUGGAAGUUCCAACCCCCUGCAAGCCCUCACUGGGGAGGAGUACACCAGAGCUUAGUUAAGUCAGUCAAGACAGCACUUAACCGUACCCUGAAUCCAAAAGGAGGACCAAACAGAAGUAACCCUACAGAUUUGCAGUUGUCCGCUCUCUUUACCGAAGUCGAGCGAUUCGUCAAUUCACGACCGACAACAUACGUCAGCAGCGAUCCUGAGGACAUAGAGGCUCUGACACCCUACCACUUUUGGUUACAUCGACGCUUGCCAGUUGUCCCACUCGGAGAGUACAGCCGACCAAACUUUCAAGGUCGUUUCAAACAGACCCAGCACUUAGCAAAUGUCGUGUGGCAGCAGUGGGUGAAGCUCUACCUGCCUAAUCUCAUCUCCCGGAAGAAGUGACGGAACGAGGAAAGGAACAUUUCAGUUAACGACGUUGUUCUUAUAGCAGAUCCGGGUCUUCUACGUGGCGAGUGGAAGUUAGGACGAGUUGUUGAAACAUGUCCUGGAAAAGAUGGACGAGUUCGAGCUUCCAAAGUGAAGACUAACAAUGGUGUUUAUACCAGACCAGUUACGAAAUUAUGUCUUCUCGAAGAGGAAUGCGGAUACGAUCGUCGCCCCGAUGAAAUCGAGACGAACGAUGGGGAGGAGUGA